CAGGUGAUUGGGAAUUUCUUUUUACUGCAGCGGGAAAUUUCCAAGUCAGCAAACAGCUCUAUAAAACGGGAGGACGAAGCACACUGCAGUGCUGAGAGUUUCUUGUGGUUAGUAGUGAUAAACGGUGUAUAUCACAGGCUUGAACUGAGAGAAUGCUCUUCACCAUGGCUGCUCGAACCUCACAUCUGUAUUUUGCACUGACUCUCCAGUUCCUGCUCACAACGGUGUAUAGCUUCCAAAUACAGCUACAGCCGGAGUCCUUGCCAUGGAUCCGUGUAGGCCAGGAGCUGGUACUGAGGUGUGAAACCAAGGAAUGUCCCUCACCUAGCUUCAGCUGGAGAACAGGAAUCGACAAACCUCUCGGGGGUAAGGUGAACAGCCAAGGCUCCAUGUCUACCCUCACCUUCUCCCCGGUGACCCGUCAGAACGAGAACACAUUCAUCUGUGUCGCAACCUGUGGUGAUCAGAAGAAACAGAAGUCCCGGGAGGUGAAUGUUUAUUCUUUCCCAGAUGCGCUGACCCUGGAGACGGUCGGGACAUUGGAAGUGGGCAAGAAGAGCACUGUGACCUGCACUGUGCCUGAUGUUUAUCCCCCAGGCAGAGUGGAGGUCAAGUUGCUGAAAGGAAAAACAAUCCUGGCUGAAAAGCAGCACUCUGGGGGAGAUGGGAUUACCCUCAGCAAUGAACUCAUCCCUUCCCUGGAUGAUUCAGGUCAGGAGAUCACCUGCCAGGCUCAGUUCUACAUACAGAAGAUCUCAAAAUCUUUGGAGAGCAAGUUAACACUACAGGUCCUGUAUGCUCCGAGGAUGACAGAAAUUUCUGUGACGCCAUCUACCACAGUGAGAGAGGGUCAGGAUCUCCAGCUGACCUGUGCUGCUCAGAGCAAGCCCACUGCCAGCUUUGUGUGGAGCAAACUGUCAGCCCAGGGCUGGUCACUCAUUGCUCAGAAUAAAUCCACUCUGCAGCUGCCCAAAGCCCAGCUUACAGACUCCGGAAUCUAUCGCUGUGAAGCCAACAACAGGUUAGGGCAGGAGGCCAAACAAGUGCAGAUUCAUGUUCUCACUGCCCCCAGAGAUACUCGCCUCACGAUCAGUCCCUCCGUCGUGAAGGAAGGACAGCAUGUCACUAUUACUUGCACCAGCCACUCGAACCCCUCUGCUGAGAUUGUACUGAGCAAGAAGACAGAAAGUGGACAAAGAAAGCUGCAUGCAAAGAAUGGAACAUUUAUAAUUGAUGCAGCUCAAUCUAGUGAUGAAGGGCAGUAUGAAUGUGAGGCCAGGAAUGAUCUGGGAAUACAGACCCAGAACACAGAGCUCAUCGUUCAAGUUCUGACUGUUUGGGUUCGUCCUUCCAACUUGGUCAAUGAGGGUGAGAAUGUCACCAUUGGCUGCACUGUUCACAGCAACUUCUCUGCAAAUUUCACCUGGAAAAAAAUGGAGAACAACAGUGAAACCAUUUUGCCUUCCACGAACAACUCCUUUUCCAUCCUUCAAAUAACUCAAAGUGAUGCUGGACACUAUAUGGUUGAAGUAAUCAAUGAAUUGGGGUAUCAAACGGGAAUUGUGAACAUACACGUUAAUGAAACAAAGCUAAGUGCUCCCAUUGAUGAGAAACCAAGGGGAAUUCUAGAAACGGCCUAUGUAGGCGCUUCACUUGGUGCUGCAGGAUUAUUAUUUAGUAUGACAUAUUAUAUCUAUCGCAGCAGUAACUGCAAGGGAUCGUACAAGAUGGCACCACAGCAGGUCUAGUGAAGAAAUAAAGGACUGUGUGAAUUAAUAUUCCUAUUGCACUGACUGUUAAAUCUUCUGGCUCUGCUGUGAGAAGCAGGUUGGUGGGCCGGAAGAUGAAUUUUUAAUUAUCCAGGAACUUGAACUAAGUAAUUAGAUUAGAUUACUUACAGUGUGAAAACAGGCCCUUCGGCCCAACAAAUCCACACCGACCUGCCGCAGUGCAACCCACCCAUACAUUUACAGGCAAUUUAGCAUGGCCGAUUCACCUGACCUGCACAUCUUUGGACUGUGGGAGGAAACCAGAGCAUACCCACACAGACACAGGGAGAAUGUGCAAACUCCACACAGUCAGUUGCCUGAGGCAGGAAUUGAACCCAGAUCUCUGGUGCUAUGAGGCAGCAGUGCUAACCACUGUGCCACCGUGCCGUAAUUACUUUUGUUCACUUCAAAAAGCUUUAACAGAUAAUUCAAAUAAUACAACUUCAGAACACAAAGUUAAUUUUAUCACAGUUGCUAAUCUUCAUGUGACAUUUGCAGAAAUGUGAAAAUAAUUCAUUUCCAAGAUGAUGGAUAAGAUUUAAUGACAUUUUGGGUGAUAUGAAGUAUAGAUGGUCCCUGUCAUAUGAAUGCAAUUCAAUCGCAUUACCAACAGCUGGCAUCCAGAGAAUGAAAGGCAAAGAUGACUUGAACUUAAGACACUUUAUUGUAAAUAGUUUUCAGAUUUCUUUACCUAAGUAGCUGUGAUAUUUAUUAAUUGUAGUAUAUAUUAUGUUGAUAGUAAAAGUGUACAAACAAUUCACUCUAAAAUAGAUACUGGCAUUAACAAAUGACUGUGAUAACUACCUAUAGACAGCAGAUACACAUUCAGAGUCCUAACACUUGAUAAUCAAGUAGAUAUGGUUGCUGAAUGCUGUUAGAUUCAGUGUUCAUUCCACUAUCACAGUAGGCCUGGUACAUACAGGUGACAGUAAUCCCAGUUUAUACUAAAAUAACUGUAAUAAUAAUCCAGGCAGCCAAACACUAAUGCUGUAGACAAACUCUAUUGAGAGGUUGGAUUACUGCAGUAUAACCUACCAACAUACUGAGGACCAAUUCUACAAACAGAUUCAGAUGUACAGAUCCAGGUCACUAUCCACUAUGGUUGAAUCCAGGCAAUGACUGCUCUGUUGAGCUUGGGUAAUAUGCUGGUUUGUGACACUGUGUUGGGGUGGAAUCAAAUUCUAAAGCUGGGACUAGCAAGUAUGACUUGUAGAUGACAAAAUAAAUUAAACUCAGUUUAUCCUGCAGUCUGCUUUGGUUAAUUCAAAGCUUUCUUUGAAUUAUCCAGGAACUUGAAAUAUGCAACUUAAUAAAAACAGGAAGUACUUUUGUUCACUUCAAAUAACUUUAACAGAUAAUUCAAUAAUACAACUUCAGAAAACAAAGUUCAUUUUAUCACAGUUGCUAGCCUUCAUGUGACACUUGCAGAAAUGUGAAAAUAAUUGGUUUGCAAAAUGAUGGAUAAGAUUUUAGUGACACUUCGGGUGAUAUAAAAGUUUUUGUUGCAUCUACUUCUGCACAUCUGUAAAAGAAUCACCAAAUUGUUUUAUUGCUUCCAAAGAUGAUUCAAUAUCUAGAACUACCUAGUGUACAGCAGUUUAUACUGGUUGACA